GGCAUUCUGAAUUCGCUGGACAAGCGAUCGUCGCAGCCGGCGCGCGACGUCACCGCGCUGUGGCUGCAGCUGGGCGCCACCGGCUUUCGUGCAUUCCACUGUGUAGUACUGCUGCACCGUCACACUCGCCUCCCCCAUCCUAGUUCUACGAUACAUCAAAAUUUCGGUCCAACACACAGGGCUGGGAGACGCAUGCAUUCAUGCUCACAGCGCAGCGCAUAUUCCGUUUGCAGGCACAACCUCUGCGCCGUGCUCUAGGUUCUAACCUGACCAGCGCAUCGUUCGCGCGCCCUCGGUAUGCCGUACUAUCCAGUACAACCCGGAAAUGUCAACAUAGGCUCUACUCCUCCGAGCCACCAAAAUUCUCAGGAGAGGGGAAACAACAACGAAGUGACCGAGCACCUCUACAUCAAAGACUCGCAGACGCGUGGACACAGACCCCAACGAAGUGGUAUCCUCUCCCCGUCGCUGUCGGUGCGCUCCUCCUCAUCGUCCUACAAUAUCGCAGGACCCGGAGGAGCGAGAAGGAGGUGCAUGUGGACGAGGACGGGCAAGGUGUCGUAAAAUUGAAGGGCCCUUGGCAGGUUCACGUCCUCGGUGCCCUCCCACUCAACAGCCUUUCCCGCGUCUGGGGCUUCCUUAACUCGCUCGAACUCCCCGUCUGGUUCCGUCCAUUCGGCUUCAAGCUCUACUCCUGGACCUUCGGCUGCAACCUCGACGAAAUCAACCCGCCCGACCUCACACAAUAUGCAAGUCUCGGCGAGUUCUUCUACAGGAAGCUCAAACCCGGCGCUCGGCCUGUAGCUGACACCGUCCUCGUGAGCCCCGCCGACGGACGCGUGCUGCACUACGGCGUGAUCCGCGACGGGCGCGUCGAGCAAAUCAAGGGCGCGACCUACUCUCUCGACGCCCUCCUCGGCGUCGAGCGCCCCGGCUUGCCUCCGCCCGCGAACGUCGAGUUCCAUCCGCGCGACCAAGCGGAGGUGCUCGACCGCGACUUCGCCGACAUCAACGGCAUCCAGUACAGCCUGCACGACUUCCUCGGCACGCCGCGCCCACCCACGGCGGAAGGCGCGCCGCAGCAGGAGCAGAAGGAGCAGAAGCCGGUGCCGACGAAGCACGGCGAGCAGACGGACGCGUCGGUGAGCCCGGACGGGCCCCUCCAGGACGUCGUCGCGCACGAGGCGGGCGUCGCCGCGGAGAUGGGCGUGCGCCCGUUCUUGGAGCGCGCGCAGGGCCGUCCCGCGGGGAGCGUGAAGCCGGAGCAUGCGCUGUUCUUCACGGUGAUAUACCUCGCGCCCGGGGACUAUCAUCGGUUCCAUAGCCCGACGGCGUGGGUCGUGGAGAAGAGGCGGCACUUCGUAGGUGACCUGUUCUCGGUGUCACCGUGGAUGGUGGACAAGCUGGCGGACGUGUUUGUGCUGAAUGAGCGCGUGGCCCUGCUUGGCAGGUGGAAGUAUGGGUUCUUCGGGAUGGUCCCCGUCGGCGCGACGAAUGUCGGCAGUAUCAAAAUCAACUUCGACCAGGCCCUCCGCACGAACGUCGCAACAAGACACCGCCCACCAGUAGGCACCUUCGAGGAGGCGGUCUACACAUCCGCUUCUCCCGUCCUCCGCGGCCAACCUCUCUCGAAGGCGCAGGAGAUGGGCGGCUUCUACUUAGGGAGCACGAUCGUGCUCGUGUUCGAGGCGCCGCAGGACUUCGAGUUCACAGUAGAAGCGGGACAGAAAAUCAAGAUGGGGGAGAAGCUGGGCGACUUGCACUCCAAUCUUACGGAGAAGCAGUAGAUGUACUGUCAAAUCUAAUUCGCACCCGAAUCAUCUGCAGUUGUGGUGUGUGACUUGAG